CACACACACACACACAAAGACGCGCGUAGCAGUAGUUCACUGACUUUUUCCCAAACUAUUUUGGGGGAUUCUGAGGGAUUUUGGAGAUAACCAAGACUGAUAUUUGGUGUCAAAACAGUCCUGCUGAGCUGGUGAUGUGAUCCGUGUAGACACCGCCUCAACUCGGCGAGCGUCUGUGUCUCAGCUGGGCCUCAAGCAACAUGCAGAGCGACACUUCACGAGUCUUGGCUGCAGUUUUCUUACUUCACUGGAUUCCACCUCGCGUGUGUCAAUCAACACCAGGACAACCUAAACUUACAGGUUGUCGAUCUACUGAUAAGGAGACUUUCAGUUGCUGGUGGGAACCUGGCUCAACUGGUGGACUGACCACUACCUACCGACUGUUCUACAGGAAAGAGGGGUCUGAAAAGGUCUAUGAAUGUCCAGACUACCAUAGGUCAGGAAACAACUCGUGCUUCUUUGACAAAGCCCAUACAUCCAUAUGGAUAUUUUAUAGCAUCACUGUCAUGGCCUUUAAUAACUAUGGCAACACAUCUUCUGAGCCAGUAGAAGUGGACGUUAUGGAUAUUGUUCAGCCACAUUCACCAGGAAACAUGACUUUGGCUCUAAUGGGAGUGAAGGACAACCCGUAUUUUCUGGUGAAGUGGGAGGCCCCGCAUGACAUCGACACUCGUUCAGGCUGGGUUACUCUCAGUUAUGAAGUGCGAGUGAAACAGGAGCAAGUCAGUGACUGGGAGGUUUACAAUGUUGGUAAGCAAAAGGAACUAAGCAUCUUCAGUCCCAAACCUGGAGGAAACUAUACUAUACAAGUACGGUGUAAACUAGAUCAAGGCCUGUGGAGUGAGUGGACCCCUCCAGUGUUCAUCCAAAUGCCAAACAACUCAGUGUUUGAGAAGCCAUUUUUGAUCGUCAUAGCUGUUAUUACAACCUUUGUUGUAUUGGUCCUUGUUGGAAUACUAACAGCCAAAAGAAAACAUGUUAAGCAUUUCCUACUGCCUCCUGUUCCAGGACCAAAGAUCAAAGGCUUUGAUGGCCAACUUUUAAAGACAGUAAAGGUGGAAGAUAUAUGCAAUACCGUCAACUUCCAGGGUAUCUUUCCUGUUCCAGAGUGUCCUGAUCAUGUGGAAUAUGUGGUGGUGCUUGACAGUGAAGAAAAUGGUGAGAAUUCUGGAUAUAAAGUACAUCUGGAACGACAAGGGGCAAACCAGAAUAUGUCAGAACAGAAGACAUGGAAUGAGCUUAACAUUGCUGAUCACAGUGAUAAACAGAAAUUCCCAGUUCUUGCACACAACUGUCAAAAUUCUGAUCCUGAAUCUACAGCUUUAAACACACCUCAACACUCAAAUCAAUAUAGCACAUAUGAUGUGCCUCAGCAGAAACCUGACAUAUCUCACGAAAACAUGGCAAGCAGCUCUGAGACAAGUUGUACAUGCAAUCAUGAGCAGAACCAAGUCUGUGUCACUCCUUAUGGACUGAUGGAACAAAAGCCAAAGGAAGACUGUAAGCAGAAGCUCACAAUAGAAAAAGAGGAAGACUACAGUAAAGUCAGUGGGAUUUACAGUGAAACUGUCCUUGUGAUUCAAAAAGACAGCAGUCCUUUACAGAGACAUAAGACAAUGAACAAUGAUCCAUGCAAAAAGACUAAAAUUAAAGAUUCCACAGAUCCCCAGGAAUACGUAGCUACAUUAUAUGAUAUGUUUUAAACUGAGAAAUCUGAGAUUUGUGACAUGAUGUUUUUGUUAUUUACUGUAUAUCUCAGAAGUUCCAGCUGGUACAACUAUGUGAAUGUUUCUAUGUAUUUUUACUAGCAAUACAAAUAUUAUUAAUAUCUGUAUGAUAUUUAGACCUGCUACAGAUGAGGUUUGUUUUGUGAACAACAGACUUUGAAUGAAAAAGACUGGCAUGAUAUUUAUCUACUCAAGACAACACUUUUAAAAACAGCCUAAUUAUAUAUUUUCUAUCAGUACUCGGUUGUAAAAAUCUGAAGUGUUACAACGGUAAACUCACUCCCUAUAUCUUAAUGCCUUGUAGGGAUGAAUUAUGAAAUAAUUGCUGCUAGGAUCUACCCACAUACUUACACUUUAAAUAAAACUACAAAGCUAAAAACAGUGUAACAAAAAAAUGUAUUGGAGCAUAAGUUUAAAACACUAAUUUAGUAAUACUGUAGCUACAAACAUCACCUAUUUAUUUCGUGAUAGUGCUUUAGAGUCCUGAAUAUCAAGAAUGCAUUAAAUCUGUUUGUCCACAAGAUGGUAAUUUUCUAAAACAGCUGUUCUGUAGUAAGUUAAAUCACUCAAUCACUCACUCACUCAUCUAUAACACUUUAUAUUUUGUACAGGGUCACAGGGGGCCUGGAGCCGAUUUACCAGGAUACUUGGGGCACGAGGUGGGAUAGGCACUGCAGGGCACACACACACUCACAUGCUCAUUCACACACAACAGACAAUUUGGGAAAACCAAUAAGUCUAACCUGCAUGUUUUCAGACUGUGGGAGGAAACUUACCAAACACAGGGAGAACAGGCAAACUCCAUGCACGGCGAAAUCAAACCUGGAUCCUUGAGCUGCAAGGUCACAGUGCUAACCACUAAGCCACCUUGCCGCUUGUAAAUUAAAUCACGGAUUACUCACUCACUCAUCAUCUAUAUCGCUUUAUCCUGUCGUGAAAGAGGCUGGAGCCUAUCCCAUGAGACUUAGGGCAUGAGGCAGAGUACACCCUGGACAAGGUGUACUCACACACAAACUCAUUCACAUACAGUACUACGGGCAAUUUGGAAAGGCCAGAUAGCCUAAUCUGUAGGUCUUUGAUAAAAAAAAGUCUAAUAAACAAAAUGAAAACCUGGUCUCAUUUUUAAAAAUAAGAUGUCUAAUUGUUGAUAUGAGGGAGAAGAUGAUAAUUUAACAUGAUGGACUCUCCAUUGUCAGUGCUUUGUAAGGGGUGUCUCAGCAGCAUCAAAGGCAUUGUCUUAUUAACUUCAUGAGAAAGAAAAAGCAGGCUGGCGAGGUAAUGACUCCAUAGCUCUAAAGCAAGAGUAGGAAAUAAAUUGUCUUGCAAACAUUACAUUAAACUUUAAAUUGAUUUUAAAAAGUAUGACAUGAAUUAAAAUUGCUGUGAGUUUGCUCUCUCCAGUAGCUUUA